AUGGAGGCAAGACCUUUAAUUAGAGGAAGUCUAAGUUAGCCAGCAGCUAAUUUCAUGACUAAGCCAGCAAGAGAAGAGAGAUUUGUGGAGACGAUUCAUUAUGCAAUGUGUCCGUUCUUAAGUAUAAAACAGUUCGUUUUUCUUAUCUCUUUAAUUUAAUGCGGAUUAUAUACUGCCUCAGUCGCCUAUAAAGGUGUCAGUAAUAAUGGAUUACUAGCGCCCCAGAGUGAUGCUUUAUUUGACUUUGGUGAGAAGUACCCUUACUACAUGAAAUAUUAGUACUAAAUUUGGAGAUUUGUGAUGCCAGUGUUUUUACAUGGUGACUUUAUUCAUCUCAGUUCAAAUUUAUUAUCACAGCUAAUUAUUGGAUCUUAUCUUGAAUCUACAAUCGGGUUUAUUAACUUUGGCAUACUAUAUAUAUGCUCAGGAAUCGGAGGAAUCUUAUUUUCCAGUUUAGCUACUGACUCUACCAGCGUCGGUGCUUCAACAGCUAUCUUUGGGUUGAUUGGUUCUUUUGCAUCAUAUUUAAUGGUAAAUUGGAAAACUUUAGACAGAGCACCUGACCAAAAGUAUCAGAUUUUCAUCUUUUUAUUCCUCUCUCUGCUUUUGAACCUCAGCAUGACAUCCUCAAACACUAAGGUCGAUUCACUUGGGCAUCUUGGGGGGUUCUUGACAGGUAUCAUAAUGGCUUUAUUCCUCGGACAUGUGUUACCUAACUCUGAUGCAAGCUCUCAGAAAUACUAAAAAAUGCUCAGAAUUCUAGGAAUCGUUCUUACUAUUGUCUAUUUUGUCGGAGGCUUUGUUUUAUUUUAUACUUUGAGACAACCAAAUAUGUGA